AUGACAAACACAUUCUGCUCCUUUCUUAAACUAAACUCAAUUAAGUACAACAAGAAGAAAACUGAUCUAAUUAACAACAUCAAGACCAGGAUUCAGCAUGCAAAUCAAAUCUUAAUGGUCAAAGAAAAGCUCAUCAGCCUCAAAUCUUAUAAAAAAGCAAUCAAAUAUCUAGAAAUCUAUCUCUUCAGAUACUCAUUAGCAAAGGUAAUCAAAAACAAACUCAAAGAGAAAAUAGAUAAAUUCACAAAAGCAAUUGCUAGUCAGAAGGGAUGGAAUGAUACAACAUCAAUAUACUAUGUCUACACCCCUGCCCUUUUGACCUCAAAAACUAAUGAAUACUCUAUCAGUCUUAUUAUAAAAAUGUCUAAAUAUACAACCUUGACAAUCUCUAAAUCACAAAUUUGUACCAUUCAAAAUCUCCUGAUCUUUAAUCAACCACUUAAACUAAUAUGGGAUGAGCUUCACACAUACAGAGGAAUGAUAGCCCACGAUAGAAUUCCACCAUGGUUCAGUGGAAUUCAAAUUAGUGACAUUCAAUAA